GGGUGCUGCAGGCCCUGUGUUCCGACGGGGGUUGCAGAAUGCCCUGGCCACAAGAGGGGGAGGGGGGCACAGGUCCAAGCAUCUGCGGGGCCAGAGGACAGCCUUGGUGCUCACUGCCCCCCCUGCCCAGGGGCCCCCGUGGUGCUCCCCUACCAGGUGUACUUCAUGCGGAAACUGUGGCUCAACGUGACCCCGGGGAAGGACGUAAAUGCAGACACCAUACUUCAUUACCACCAGGAGCUGCCCAAGUACCUCCGUGGGUUCCACAAGUGUGCACGGGAGGAUGCUGUCCACCUGGCAGGCCUCAUCUACAAGGCCCAGUUUGACAAUGACCGGUCCCAGCUAGCUAGUAUCCCCAAGAUCCUGCAGGAACUUGUGCCUGAGAACCUCACACGUCUAAUGUCCUCGGAGGAAUGGAGAAAGAACAUCCUUCUGGCCUAUGACAAGCACAAGGACAAGACAGUACAGGAGGCCAAAGUGGCCUUCCUCAAGUGGAUCUGCCGGUGGCCCACGUUUGGGUCUGCCUUCUUCAAGGUGAAGCAAACCUCGGAGCCCUCCUACCCGGACAUCAUCCUCAUCGCCAUCAACCGGCACGGGGUUCUGCUUAUCCACCCCAAGACCAAGGAACUGCUCACCACCUACCCCUUCACCAAGAUCUCCAGCUGGAGCAGUGGUAGCACCUACUUCCACAUGGCGCUGGGGAGCCUGGCCCGGGGCAGCCGCUUGCUGUGUGAGACCUCUCUGGGCUACAAGAUGGAUGACCUGCUGACCUCGUACGUGCAGCAGCUCCUGAGCACCAUGAACAAGCAGCGGGGCUCCCAGGCCCCAGCCCAGGCCGAUCCUUAGCACCGGGAGCUGGCCUGCCCACUCACUCACCCUUCCCAAUCGGGGGUCCUGGUGGCACUUCCCUAAGGCCCUCUUCUUGGCCCAGAGCCUGCCCUCUGCAGGCAGCCUUUCACACUGCCCUCUCUCCAGAACACACCCACAUCCCUCAGCCCACCAGGUAGGCCUCCUCUCCUGAGGGGCUGACCAUGGAGGCCAAAGUGGGGAGCCCAGGGCGGGGCCGGGAGUGUCAGGCCUCCAGGUUGAUGAGUGGAUGGCUGAAAGGACUCCCCCAAGAAUGUUCAAUAAAAAUUCCUGAA